AACUAUGUUUCUUGCCAGAGAUAUUUAUGUCAUGUAAUCUAAUCAAUUUUGAUACAUCAUAAGAAAUUUAUAAGAAAUUGAAUUUAUUGUUGUUUAAAAAGUGAUAAUUUUAUUUAAUUUGUUACAUCUGUUAUAAAGGAUUGGUUUUCAAUGUUCUCUUUCCAAUCUCAUAAUCAGGUGCUUUAUCAUCUGACGCAAUUAACUUCAGCAGUUAAUCCUAAAUCUACACCGUUUCCAGUCAAAGUUAAAAGACAAAAUGAGUUUAAAAGAAAUACAGAUGAUAUUUCCCACAAUAAUUUGGCAGAAACAACAAAAUGUUAUAUGGAAAUGCAGAUAAGCAAAUUAAAUACGUACAAUGUAAUUACAACACUCAAUGUAAAAAAGAAUAAUGUUUGGGUCCUAUUGAACCAAUUUUCUACAAAAAUUUUUAAGAAAAAUAUAGAAGAAAGAGAUAAGUGGAAAGUAUCAUAUGUAUCAGGAUCAACUUUUAUAGAAAACAAACAAAGAUUUCCUUGUGCACAACUUACAGAACCAAUUAUUUUGCCUGUUAUAUAUUUGUCAUCCCAACAACAUUAUAGAACGUUAUGUACUCUUUGUACUAAAAACCCAUUUAAUUAUCAUGUACAAAUCCGUAGUUUUAAAACAAAACAUAAUAUAGCUGUGGAUAUGAACAAACGACCAUCGCUUCUAAAGAAAGUUAUAAACAGGCUUUCUCAGAUUUUAGAAAUGAAUUCAUAUAAUUCGAAAAUAUUACAGCUAGAAACAUUUAAAAGAUUGUGUAAUAAUAAUUUAUCACCAGAGGACUAUAAAAAAAUUUCGAUGGCUUUUAUAGAAGGAUUUAAAGCAGGACUUGAACGCCAAGUACCUCCUGCACGUCCUAUAUGGUAUAAAAUGUUAAGUAUUUUAUUACUUAUGUUUUUGAUCACGUCACUACUCAGAUAUGGAGCUUUGAAUCCAGGAAGUAUAUUUCGGUUUUCAAUGGGUCCAAGACCUGAGAUUAAUCCAGAAACAAUUCAUGUAACUUUUAACGAUGUUAAAGGAGUUGAAGAAGCCAAGCAAGAGUUAAGGGAUGUAGUUGAAUUUUUGAAAAGCCCCGAAAAGUUUUCUGCACUUGGUGGAAAAUUACCAAAAGGUGUAUUGUUAGUAGGACCACCAGGUACAGGAAAAACAUUAUUAGCACGUGCAGUAGCUGGUGAAGCUGGUGUACCAUUUUUUCAUGCAGCUGGACCAGAAUUUGAUGAAGUUCUAGUAGGGCAGGGUGCACGCAGAGUGAGAGAUUUAUUUAGAGUAGCAAAAGAGAGAGCUCCUGCCGUAAUAUUUAUAGAUGAAAUUGAUUCUGUUGGUGCGAAACGAACAAAUUCGGUUCUUCAUCCAUAUGCAAAUCAAACUAUAAAUCAAUUGCUUGCAGAAAUGGAUGGAUUUCUUCAAAAUGAAGGUGUUAUAGUAUUAGGUGCAACAAAUAGACGCGAUGACUUGGAUAAGGCAUUACUGCGACCUGGUCGGUUUGAUGUUGAAAUUUAUGUGAAUGUACCUGAUUAUGCUGGUCGGAAAGAAAUUUUAGAUUUGUACUUAUCAAGAGUAUUAACGCAAGAUGUUGAUGUAGAUUAUUUAGCUCGAUGCACCGUUGGUUUCACUGGCGCUGAUUUGGAGAAUAUGAUAAAUCAAGCAGCUUUACGUGCAGCUUUAAAUGGUGCACCAUAUGUAACCAUGAAACAUUUGGAAUAUGCUAGAGAUAAAGUAGUACUGGGUCCAGAGGGAAAAUUAAAAACGGUUGACGAUGAAGUCAAUCGUAUUACAGCGUUUCAUGAAGCAGGACAUGCGUUAGUUGCUUAUUAUACUAAAGAUGCUGUGCCAAUACAUAAAGUUACUAUUAUGCCUCGUGGAGCUUCUUUAGGACAUACAUCAUUUUUGGGAGACAAAGAUGAAUUUCAUGUAACAAAGGCAAAGUUAUUAGCUAGUAUGGAUUCGAUGAUGGGUGGUCGUGCUGCAGAAGAAUUGAUUUUUGGACCUGAUAAAGUAACAACGGGUGCAUCAAAUGAUUUCAAGCAAGCAACAUAUAUUGCCGAACACAUGGUAAAAAGUUAUGGCAUGUCAGAAAAAGUUGGGUUCAGAGCAUAUACUGAUAGUAAAGGACAAGAAUACAAUUUUGGUAGCGAAUAUGGACCUGGUACAAAUGAACUUAUUGAUAAUGAAGUGAAACGACUUCUACAAGAAUCAUACGAACGUGCAAAAACAAUAUUAAAAAUACAUGCAAAAGAACAUAAACAAUUAGCAGAUGCGUUACUUAAAUAUGAAACAUUAGAUGCUGAAGAUAUAAAAAAUAUAGUAAAUGGGAAAAAAACUCGAAUUGAAACAUUAAAUAAUCAACCACCAAUUGUAGAUCCAUCUCAGCAUGUAUUGUAAAUAGCAUACUGAAAUUAAAUUUAAAAUAGGAAUUAAAAUAAAUCAUUUGGA